AGAAGCCUGUGAAAACAGUCUACUCGAGGCAUGGCUCGUAUAGCGAUGACGACGGUGAUAGCAGUAGUAGUGGCAGUGGCAAUGGUGGCGAGAAUGCCGAUCAAGGCGACCGGAAUGACCUGCGGGGAAGUGGACUUAGAUUUACUGCCAUGCCUGAGCUAUAUACAAAACGGUGGGGACGUGCCGCCGGGUUGCUGCAAUGGGCUAAGCAAUCUUGUAGCUGCGGCCAAGACGACGGAUGAUCGCCGGACCGCCUGCAACUGCCUCAAGUCAUUGGCUUCAGGAGCCUCCAAUGAUGAGCUCAGCCGUGCCGCUGGUCUUCCGGACAAAUGCAACAUCUCCCUUCCUUACAAGCUCAGCCCUUCCACUGAUUGCUCCAAGUAA